AUGAGUACGUCGACGUUACACAUACGGACGAGUGGAUGAGGGGGAAUGGAAUUGCUGACAGACAAUAGCGAAGGGAACGUCCAGCUUCGGAAAGCGCCACAACAAGUCGCACGUUCUGUGCAGACGUUGCGGUGAGUCGAGCCCGGGAAAGAACUGAAGAGAAGGAAAGCAUGUCUUUGUGAGGAGACGAGACGAGAGGCGCGAGAUUGAGGAGAGCAAGAGGACAAUUGCUGAUGAGAUGUGAUACUCAGGCCGCCGCUCUAUGCACGUCCAGAAGCACACCUGCGCCAACUGCGGAUAUCCAAGCGCCGGUAUCAGAAAGUGUACGUCUUCAUACACGUCGAUCACACGAUUGGAAUUGAUACACCAAUCUUGGACGACUCCCGCGUAUGAGGAACAACUACUAACGUGUGUGCUUGCAGACAACUGGGGUGAGAAGGCCAAGCGGAGAAAGACCACCGGCUCUGGACGCAUGCGAUCGCUCAAGCACGUCGCACGCAAGGCCAAGAACGGAUUCCAGCUCGGCACGCCAAAGGGCGCCCGUGGCCCGGCCAACCAGGCAUAA